GUUGUGAGCGGCGGCGGCGGCGGCGGGUUUAAACACACUAGGUCGCUCCCCACCAGACGUCAUGGCAGCUAAACUAUCCAACAGUUGGUCGUUUUUUAGUGGCCGUCGCAAUCAGAACAAGGAUUAUCUCAACCAAGAUUAUCAACCAAAUACUCCUAGUAGUCGAGUGAAUCUACAAAAGCGAUUUAGCCACGAACAAGAGAAGGAGGGAAGGUGGCGGCGAGGCCCUUUACCACCACCACCCACACACAAUCAUGGGCACACAUCUGAUUAUCAACAGUGGCAUCAUCAUGAAGCAAAGAAGCCCAGUCAGACUAAUCCAAACAGUGAUCAUGUUGAUAUUGGUCAUUAUUCUAAUCAUUAUGGUUAUCCUAAGAAGAGUACUGGUAAUUGUAAUGAACACCCUAAAGGUCUUCCAAAUUACAAAUAUCCCCAACAAUACCAUCCCCAACAUCAGGGUCAUAACAGUAGGUCCCAGUCCCCUCGUACUUCCCACACCUUUCCUCGCAGACCACUUCGUAAGCUUCCCUCUGGUGUAGCUCCCCUGUGGAACAAUAUCCAGGACAAUGUUUCACAGCUGAAGCCUCAGACGAGUAAAUUGUUUCAUGAAGGUGGCAGGAAAAUGAAUCGUGCACUUCAAGGGGUUAGGACAUCCCUGUCAUCAUUGACACAGAUAUUUCGAAAUUCUACUCGUCGUCGGUACAAAUUGGGCGGUGAAACACCGACUCGUACCCCUGGGCGAACCCCAAGACAUACUCCUGGCAAACUGUAUUCCCCCUUUGAUCUGAGCACACCUGCCACUCCACACAGCUAUGCCAAGGGACCCAAAAGGCUACAAAAUGCCACGGCAAGAAGGAACAUUUAUGGUAAUGAAAAUAGGGCCAUGAUACGAACACCCCAGCGCCAUCAUAAUGCCUCUAGAGGUGGCCGCCAAUGGAAUCAGUUCCAUUCACCAUCACAGUCAUUACAGUGUGACGUGACAGCAGUGAACCGAGGGUUGAAAGAUCUCGAAUAUGUGAGCAGUGGGAUUCUUCAUAAUGGAAAAGAAAAUUGGACACAGUUUCGUUGAAUGUAAGCUUACAGUACAGUACAGGGGUACCGUAUACAUCUAUUAAAGUUUUAAUAAUCAGCUUAUGCAUUACAGUACAGUAGUUUUUAAAGGUGCCUGUAUUUAAAUGGUGCAUUUUUUAUAGCUUUAUUUGGAAACAAAAUCUUGUUUAUGAUUUUUCCAUGUUUGUAUUGAAUCAACCACUACAUAGUGAAUGUAUGAGUUUUGAAGAGGAUUUUGUUUUAGUUUAUGAGUUCCUAAGGUGUAAUUUUAUUUUUUGCUUGAUCAAUGAGUAUAUAACACUGUAGCUUCAUUAGUACUAUAGUAUCGGUGUUUCCUUUUCAAAUUGUGUCUGGAAAGGAAAAUUUUUAUAAAGACUAAUAUUUUUUUAUAAAUACUUUUAGCAUUGUCAUGACAAACUACAAUUUUAUACAGUAUAGUAAUCAGUUUUUAACAUUAAUGUUAAAAUACUUGGAAUGGCAGUGAAAGGAACAUUAUUUGAAUGUUUAUAUGGUGUGUGUGUGUGUAACCUUGGCAUAGGAUAAUGGAUGGGCAUUAAGAAUGUGGCCAAAAUCAGGAGAUUAGAUUACAGGUAGUUCUGCUAUAACGCGAUAGUUGUGUUCUUGUAAAACAUCGUGUUAUAGAAAUUCGCGUAAUAGAAAUAACAGGGCUUUUGGAGAAAAUAGGGUUAGGUGCAGAUU